GAGCGCUUUAGCCUGGCAUUUCUUCCCUGUGCCUUUCAGCUCCUCUCCCCCUGAAGAAGGAGGCGUGUCCAUUGGCCAGCAGUAUAAAUUCCAAGAGGAACCACUCGUGUAGAGCCAUUCUCAGGAGCAACCCAUUGCCCUGCACCCCAUAUGGAAGACGAAAUUGCUACUCGACUUGAAAAACUUGAUGCCCCUUCCCUACACCUGGACAUUGGCAAACCACAGACUUUUCUCUUUGCACUAUAAGAGGCUUCAUGGGCUCUGUGUGAAUUCUACUUGAAGGGACAAAGACUCACCUAAAUAGACCAGUGGACAUUUGUUCUACUUCCCAACAAAUAACCACUUUGUGCGACUCAAAGACGUAAAGACUUUCGUCGCAUGGGAGAGCAAGGACUAGAUAUUUAGCAUUCUUUGAUCUACCUGCAUUCCUUUUCUAACCUCCCAAACAUCCUAGGGCUAGGAAAUUGAGCCUAAGAAACGGUGAGGUAAAACAGCGGGGACAUUGUGUUCCAACUCCUGCCAAAACCCCUGCCACCCGAAACACCAACCAGCGGGCAACAUCAAAGACCAAACCCUCCAACCGCCUCCCUCCUCCUCCUUACCCUCCAAAACUAAAGCAGAGACCAAACAGUUGUGGGUGAGAGAGCAGAGAAACAGAAGGAAUACUAACAAACGAACUGCGGGAAAGUGCAAGAGAAAUCGAGGGCAAAGAUUUGAGAUCACGCCUUCGGGACUGCCAUGGUGCGAGGUCGCGGUGCGGCUAUAGCGCCGCCCUGCUGGGGCCUGUGGGCAGUGGGUGCCCUUUCGCUGGCGACCCUGUGUCUGACGGAGGAGGCCAUCCGCUGCCCCGUGUGCUCUGAGGAGCGGCUGGCCAGCUGCCAGCUGCCUGAUGGCAGCUGCGAAGAGACGGUGAGGGAGGCGGGCUGCGGCUGCUGCCCCACCUGCGCCCUGGCCAAGGGGGUGCACUGCGGCGUCUACUCGCCCCGCUGCGGCACGGGGCUCCGUUGCUACCCACCGCGGAACGUGGAGAGGCCCCUCCACUCGCUCAUGCAUGGCCAGGGAGUGUGCAACGACGAGAGGGAUGUGGAAGAGAACUCAGCGAUGGACAGACAGGAUGAGAUCAUCCCUGAGCACCCAAAUAACAGUAACAUCCGCUGCAGUCCCCAGGACAAGCGCUGCAUUCAGAAGACCCUGGCCCGCCACCCCGCCAAAUCCACCAAUCAGAGAAGCAAUAACGCCAGGGAGGAUCCAAAGGCUGCCCUGGCUCCAUGUCGUGCUGAGCUGCAGAGAGCGCUGGACCGACUGGUGUCCAACACUCGCACUCACGAGGAUCUCUACAGCAUCCCCAUACCCAACUGUGACAAGAACGGAGACUUCCAUGCCAAGCAGUGUCAGCCAGCACGUGACGGGCAGCGGGGAAAGUGCUGGUGUGUCGACCAGAAGACGGGCAUGAGGCUGCCGGGGCCCCUGGAGCUGCGGGGGGAACUGGACUGCCACCAGCUAAUGACUGCAACCAUGAGAGAGUGAGGAGGGGACCGGCGGGGGCCCUGGGGGGCCAGGGCUAGGGCUUAGGGCCAGCCAAAUUCUACUGGUGCUGUUUAGUUACAACUAUGGAAGGAAAGGACUUAACCCUAAAGCCCCACUUCACGUGAGGCUAACGGUACUUGCUUGAUAUGAAAAAGAUAAAAAGGAAACCAUAGAAUUUUGUUAUUUUAUUAUUGUUUGUUUCCGUGUGUGAGUGUAUGUCUGUAUGCAUCUUUUUGAGCACAUGUGUGUAUUUUAUGAUUCUGUGAAGUUGGGAAGAUGCUCUUGCUUUAAAUAACAGGUGGCAAACAACAGGCCCCCAAAUAAAAGUGUUGUAAUCAUUCUUCUCAAAACAGGACAACGUUGGUUUUGUAUAGUUCAGUUGAACUCUGAUUUCCAUCUCUUAGCAUCUUUGAAACAAAAAACAUAAAACCUUUUCGCAUGAGUUAAGUGUCCUAACAUGGCUCAACAUCGACCAUUCAGCAGCAGCUGUAGAAAAUAAUGAAUAUUGGGAGUGUGUGUGAGAGAGAGAGAAUUACCAAUUGAUGAUAAGCCGCAGCUUUUCACAACAUUUGGAGACAUGUAGUGAAAAGAGAGAUUACUUUUGAAAGAAUAAACUGUACCUCCAAGAGGAGCCCAGAAUAGAUGUGCUUUACCGCUACCCCCCUCUCGUUCCCUCCUCUCCGCUUCCCUCCAUUCUCUUUGACUGGGAGCUCUCUCUCUCUGGCUUAUUUGUCCAGGGGGACUGGCAUCAUAGCUGGGCUCGGGACUCUGUACACUGCUGAUAGGAUAAUCUUGUUUCUCCAGCUGGGGCUAAAGUGCUAAGACGCCAGUGCUGCUGCUCUCAUGUUUGUAUGAAUAUGCUUCUAUAUACAGGAUUUCUUUCCAACCAAGAGACUGCUUGUUGGCAGUAUUGUGUAGUUUAUAGUGGUGCUAUACACUCAUUGUGCCAAAAAUGUUUUUUUUCUUCCCCCUGUGCUUUUUGAGGGGGAUUGUUUCUUCAGAAGGAGACAGAUACAAACUCCCAGAUGAGGGGGACAAUCUUAGAAUAGCCUACAUGUGUGACUGACCACAAAUACUGUCUAGCUGUCACACAAAUAUCUCCAAGUUUUUAUACUACAUUGAUUAAAUAAAACAUACAACUAAAUACACAGAUAUCAGUGGGAGCAUUACUAUAGUUAACCGCCUGACUGUUUCAUGGACUAAUGUAGAGACUUUGCAUGAUUGUAGCAUGUGUGGCUAGUGAAAACCCCUUACGGCUAUAAGAGAAGAGGACUUAAUGACUGCAUGAUGAAAAAAACACGCUCUAGACAUCCUUUGUAAUUGCUAGCUAGUUGAAAUGUUUGGAGAAACAUCAGAUGUCUAUAUAAUAACAUUAGAAACCUCACAGAGAGGUAGCAUCAUGCUCAUACAUGGACUCCCUCCAGUAUAAAUAAGUGAACACCCUUGACUUUUACUCUGGCAGAGCCAGUUAUCAGGUUUGACAUCAUCGAUGAAGCAGUAUAUGAGCAAAGGAAUCGUUGAUUUGUAUUAUUAUGUUGACAAACUUACUGGUGCAUCAUACUCCUACAUACCUUCCACAUAUACUACGUGGACAAGACUGUUAACAUCCCUACAGCGAUUUGAUUGUAUUGUAUUGCAAAUGGGUGGAAAAGAUCAUGAUUGGUUCCCUCGGAAUAUGAUCUAUGAUGUGAUUGGUUGAUUGACUGACUCAGGCUAAACCUGUGGACCACAGGGAGUACAGGAGAGAAGAAGACCCUUGAAUGCAGGACAGUCUGAUCAGUGAGUUCAGUGAGGUCGGUCGUUUGUCAUUUCUAGAAACGGAUGGUGCACUUAAUCCUCCCCUGAGAGAGUUGGGUUACUAAUUGACUCCAGGAAGGAUUCAUCUCGCCGGGACAUUCAUUAUUGGUGUUAACAGUACACUGGCACAGUUAGCUUCAUGUAGAGGCGAGGGGACAGUGCCGAGGGGGUAAACCAGACGGACGUGGGCAGCAGUUGUCCUGCUUCCUCUUUCAAGAACUGAAAGAAGAGUGCAGAACAGGCUGUCCGAAAACUGACUCCUACAAAUGAUAGGCAGCUCUUUUUGUCAGCAGAGAUGUGAGUAGAUAGACUAGAGGGAGAGGGAAUAGAGACCGUGUGAGUGAUAGAGCGCUAGAGAGUCCAAGCUACAUUGGGAUUGCACUGAUUUGCUCUCACAAAGCCACAUCGUGUCUGAAAGGCACACAACUUUUACCAUUCACUCUUUCUCUCACAUACCCCUCUGGUUUGACAGAGGAGCCUAGAAGUCAUUCAAGGCCUUUCCUCUGGCUGUUAUCCAGAGCAGCAGAACACAUACUGUAGCAAGUCCAACUAAGCCCAACAUAGCAACGCCCUUCAUCAUGGUUGUGCUGUCAUUGCUACCUACCAUGGGUAGUAAAUGUUGGGACAGAAACAUCUUAUUUCAUUAGGCAACAUUGAACAUUCACACCUCCCAGCCUGAGGACAAAGUAGAUAGAACACCAGCUGUAUUACAUUGCCAUUCAGAAUCACAAUAACAAAGACAUUUGGGUCGAUGUGUGACAUGACCUGACAUGAGCCGGGCCAAAGACAAUUAUUGCGGACUUAGCCAAUUGUACUGUAUCUGUAACUUGCUUCCUUGUAAAAAAAUAUAUAUAUAUAUAAUAAAAACACUGCCAAAGUUAUGCAAAGGAUCUAUGGGAUAUUGUAUGUUAAUACUGUUGUAGUUUACCUAGCAGUCCUUCAAUCGAUGACUUAUCUUCUGAACUUAUUACUAACCUGUAGACAUUUACUUAACCUACAUAUGGUAAACUUUGACCAAAACUGUGACCAAACAAACACACAUCCCCGGUGGGCUGGUUGAACCGACAUCCAGUUUUGCCUGCUUCUGGGUCAUUAACCUUGAAACGGAGCCUCUUGAUGAUCACUAAUAGUUCAUAUUAGCUUUUUCUCCAAUAGACAAGUCCCUAAAGUGUAUUUUUGGCUCUCUGAGGCUAUUCAAUGAAACGGGAUGCUCUUACUUUCCGCCACAUUCCACCAUGACAUCCACUAUUCCCCUAGACUACAUAAGAGCAGUUCCACCCCAGCAGCACCCAAUGAAAAGUCCAUCUUCAAAAAGCUGGUCAUAUUUUAAUUGUCAUUGUAAAAAUUCCUUGUUCUUAACCGUUAUCACACAUAAUUUCAACAAAGCUACUGAUGUCAUUCCCAACUAGAAAGACAUAGGAAAUGGUAUUAAGGAAGGAGGAUAUACUGUAGCUGAUGAGUUGAUUGUAUUCCAAACGCAAUGAAGUGACACAAACAAUGAAAGGCAGCCCCAAAGAUGUUAUGAGCGAAGGUAUUUUGAGGCAUGAAAGCCCAAAAACUAUAGGAGUGCUUUGUGUACAUUACAUUGUAUUCCCUUGUCAUGUACUGAAUAACACUAUACAUAAGUCUAAGGCCUUAUCUUUACAAGCAGGCUGUCCUUGUAAAUAAGAAUUUGUUCUUAACUGACUUGCCUAGUUAAAUAAAGGUUUAAAAAGUCACAUGGGUCAUACAGUAGAACAUUCCAUUUCUGUGCUACUGUAGAUAUUAUCAAGUCAAUGGUCCUGGUUUUCCUUUUGGAUCCAAGACUUUGGUGUUUCAUUUACAUUAAACUGUGUAUACUUACACUAUAUUACUUGAUCUCUAACUUUUGCUCUACUGUCUUUGUAUUUCCGAGGGAUAUUCCUGUUUUCCUUGGACUUUACCUGUUAAUUCUACUGUAAAAAGAUUCAAAGUAACUUUUGCAUGUGUAGCCUAGCUAUAUACUGGGUUUAAACAUGUCAAGAUCUUGUAUGUGUGGUCCAGAACAGGGCCAUGCUUUACAAACAUUGAAGAACACGCAGCAAGAAUUUGUGCUUGUUAUGGAAUAAUAAUUUGGUUACCUUAGAAAUGUUUACUCUAUGAGAGAAUUGUAUACAUUGUAUUAGAUCGAAUGAAAUCAUAAACGUGUAGCAUCUGA